UUCACCUAGACCACCAAGUAACAGGGUACGUUUAUUAUAUCUCCAACGACUUAACCUGGGCGUACAAGCUUUUGGCGGGGAAUGGUACCCGAUACCCGAUCUCCCGUCUCUGCCCUAGGUAGAACUAGAAACGGGACUGCGCCGUCCGUUGAUCGUGGUGGUGGGUGGUGCCCAUUUACCACAUGGCGACAGGGUUACCUUUCGAUCUUCUCUCUCUAUGUACAUGCGCCUUUCUCCUAUUCUGCCUGAUAAUUUCCGAAAGGCUUAAAUCGAGUAACCUGGGUAGUAUCACUUUGUUGCUUACUGUUGGCCUAUUCACGUCUACCUACGCCCUCGGGGUAUGUGCGACUCCCUUUUUCGAGACUUCUCACUCUUUUCGCCCCGGGGAGUGAUAGGAGAAAACCAACGGGAUGGGGCCGUGCGGGUUGGGGUUCGUUCGAUCCGUCGGCUCGGGUUGGUAUGGUGGGACUUCGGUAGGGGAUGAGGUUAAUAGGAGGACGAAUCCCGGCUCAUGGUUUUCCUAGGUAAGAUAUUCGACCCUAAAGCGAUGCAAGUUUCGCGUGGGUAUGUAGGUGUUUCUGUUUUGGUAAAGAAAGAUUGAAACAUAAACGCCAUAAAAGCCAUGAAAAACCAAAAAUGGUGGUACUUAUUCGGAUAUCCGUAAACGGGUGGGAGCUCUCAACGGCUUGGCAACCGACCUCUUGGAUUUGCUAAGCUUCGAGCUACCUAAUUAUAAAAUCGUCUCUUGCGUCUUGCGUCUUGAGUCGCCGGAC